GGAUCGACGGGUGAGUUAGAUAACUGCGUCCUCCAGUCCUGUGGUUUCUUGCUUGGAACUUGGAAGCGGAAGCUCUCUUGGACUGGAUAGCAAUGGAGUUAUCCAUUUCCAUGGGAGGCUCUGCCGCAGGAACGAGCCUCGUGAAUCUCAAGAUGGUGAAUCACAAAUGCACCAGGGGCCUUGGACGUCAACUUCAGUUUUUGCAUGACGUACCUUCUUCGGUGUGCCUGAUGAUACUUCACAACAAAUGUUCAAAACGAAUCAGCCAUAAAGUUUGCAGAGCGCUUCAGGAAUUAUCUCCAGUACAAUGUACAGAAAAUCCCACGCAGGCGCCAAUAGCCUUUAAAGAUUUUCAUGUGUCUGUGCUUACUGAAGAAGAUGGAGUGAUAGAGACACAGAUACGAGUAACUAUUAGCAGUAAAAUGACGGAUUCUGUCUUUGAGAAAGUCUUAUCAAAGCAUAUUGCCGCAGCACAACCACUUCCAGGAUUUCGGCGACUGAAAGGAGGGAAAACUCCAAAUGUACCAAAAGAAGUCGCUCUGCACUUGAUUGGACCAUCAAAAGUGAAGAAAACAGCCAUCAAGAAAAUCAUCAAUGGCGCAGUCGCUGAAUAUGUUGAGAAGGAGAACCUCGACGCAUCGAAGAACCUGAAGGUUCUGCAAAGCUACGAGGAGCUCGAGGCCGCGUUCGAGCCUGGAAAAGAAUUCUGCUUUGACGCUGCUGUCCAUCUAACAGGAAGCUGACGCAAUGAAAAAGUUCCAUGAUGCAAUUAGAGAGAUGACUUCUGCUGGGAGGGGGACUCCUGGGCAGCUGCCCCUUGACCUUGAGCUUCCAGAUCUGCUAGUCUGCUGCACACAGCCCUGUUGUUAUCUUGAUGAUCAUGGAUGCUACUGCUAGUCUGUUUUUUGGUUGAUGCAGAGAGCAAAUUUUGUUGACUGGUUGUUGACAUGUCAGAAUUAUACUUUAUGUUUUUUAGAAA